UCUGGUUCUGACCGCCAAGACCCUCCCAAGUCUGGGCUCGCCGUCGGGUCAGCUUAGGCAUCUUGGCGUGACGUUGUCCUGGCUCAACUUUCGAGAUUUGUUGGUGUGACGAGCUGCAGGUUGUGCCCCGCUUUGGGGCGGGUGGUGGGAAGCGUAGAGGGCGCUCCCUAAAUGCCAGUGGGCCCCUCCCAGACAUUUCCUAACAAGACCUGACCUACUCAUUUCCUUCUUCCCUCACCUCGCUGCCCGCACCAACCUCGCCGGCCACCUUGGGCUUGUAGCCACGACGCCAUCUCGCCGCUGUCUCUACUCCUCCAAGAUGCCGGGCCCCAACCACGCUCAAUACCAGGAGCGUUUGGACUUCAUCCAGCAGCAGGUCCUGACGAAGCACCUGGGACUCAGAGGGGAGGACCUAGAGCGGACCAGCGUCAGCCCGAUUCACUAUGACCCAGAGUGUCCAUUCAAGUACAACAACUUCGUCUAUCACAUCAAACUCCCGCCUUCGGCCGCACUCGCACUGUCCCAUGGCACCAUCAUCAAGGCCCAAGGGCAACCGCAGCAGCAGACCUGUGUACCUAUCCCAACGGGCACCAACAACUUCAUCCUGAGGCUUACCAACCAGGACGCCGAGGGCGUACACUUCGACACUCGGGUCGAAAAUGAGAUCGCCAUUAUGACUCUGGCCUCGACCGCCUUGCGCAACGUCGGUCUGGACGUGGUCCCUCGUAUCUUCGCUUGGGCGAACGGAGCCACUUCUCAAGGUUGGAUCCUCCAAGAGCGCAUGCCCGGCACGCCUGGCGACGAAGCGUUCAAAACUAUGCCCCUGGACCUCAAAAAGGUUACUAUCAGGGACAUGGCAAAGAUCCUCAAAGGGCUGCAAAGCUGCAAGCUCCCUGACAGCAUCGACGGCUUCGGCGGCCUAACGUUUGAUGGAGCCGGCCGCAUCGUGAGCGGGCCCAUGUCCAACGUCCGCGCUGGACCCUGGCCCUCCUACCAGGAAUACUACCUUGAGCGCCUGCAGAAGAUGCUCGCCGAUGCCGACGCUAACCCGACGAUACAAGGCUGGCGGGCGAAUGGUGUUCGGGAGCGCAUCGAUGCUUUUGUCCAAAAGGCCCUUCCCGGACUUUUUGCCUCUCUUGCCUCGAAGGAUAGGAAGGUUAUUGUACACGGAGACUUUAACACCAACAACAUUCUUGUCGACCCGACUUCGGGCCGCCUCACGGCCCUUAUAGACUACGACUUCUCCACCGUCCUGCACCCCUCGUUCGAGUUCUUCUGUUCUUUUUCCGAAGACCUCGGCCAGCUCCAAGGCUGGAGCGGCGACGUGACGAACGAAAGCAGUGCCUUGAUCAAGGCCAAAGCGGCCUUGAGGGAAGGGAAGCUAACUGGGACGUUCCCCAAAGACCUCCCAGGCUCCGAGUGUUUCGGGGAGGGCGAACUGGCUUGGGAUUGGGACCUUGCCAAAGCAUGGGAGGGCAGCUUGGAGGAGGUGGGUGCUGAACGGCCAAGCACCAUGGCUGGCAUUGAGAACAUCUCAGAUCUCGACGCCAUGCUCAACGCCAUCCUUCCCUGGCAGCUCGACAACCCCGACUUCCUCGCCAUGCAAAGCGAGGACACGGUUAAAGAGAUGGGGGUAUUUUUCGGCAAGGAGCUGCUGAAGCGACUGGAGCACAUGGGGUUUUAAAUUUGGCCUCGCACAUUUCUAUACUGCUUACUUCCACUACGGGAUUAGUAAAUCUGCAAACUAAUCCCUUGAUCCGUGUUGUCACGUAACCAGGCGGUCCGGCCCUCGUGGUCUCGUGCGAUGUGGUUUACUGGAUUCUUAAUUAUAGUGGUUGCUUGGCAACAAAAACAACAAUGGCUCCCGCUUCUGGACUGCGCACCCUGUCCAUCACGGCCUGGACGUCCAAAUGGUCGCUGGUUAGGGCGACGUUACACUUGUCAAACUGGCCGGGCCAGAUGUCCUUGAUGACAUGGCGGGUGCCCUCGGAGCUGCAGCGGAUAGUGGGUUAGAAAUUUUGCAGUUCGGACGUGUCUCCCGGGGCAGAUCAAGACCGUGGGAGGACGCCGAUGGAAAGGUCGAUUUACGUUGCGCGGUACACGCCGAUAGCCAGGUCCCUUUUGCACCGGUAUCGGAAAACCUCGUUAACAACGUAAGAAUUGCCCGAAAGGGAAACAAUAUUUGUCCCGAAAGGCAGCGGUUGCGGCCCGGCAAUCGGCUUUGGAGGUGUUUGGGUGGCGUUGGAGGAUAUGUUGCUGGCGAAGGACGAACCAAAAGCGGUGCGAGGAGGCUGCGCGCACAGCCGAAGCAAAAUUGCUCGAGCAAAGGAAAUAGGGCAGCGCGAACCAGGAGGCGGCUGCAUAUACCGCUUGACUGUGCGCGAAAACAUGGCCGUUGUAUUAAGGAGAGAUUCGGAACUGGGACCGGGCAACCAAGAUACGGAAAAGUCACAUCGAGUAAAACAAGAGUUGCAUCAAGGUAGAUGACCAUGGGUAUUGUAUUUGUCUAUGGACAACAGGACGGUAAAACUCGUAGUGAAAAAGAAAGAAAAUGGCAGAGCAGCCUCGCGAAACACCACAGUCGCAGGCCCAUCGCUCGCCACCGUCCCCGUCACUGGCCGUCCCACUACUUCAAACCAUUUCUGAAGGCCGCGCUGCAGGAGGGCAAUGUAUGCCCUCGGCCGCCGCCGG